CUAAUUUACAUUCGUAUUGUAUUCCUAAAACAUUAUGGCUGGCUCUUAUGAUCGCGCGUUGACUGUCUUUUCACCGGACGGUCACUUAUUUCAAGUCGAAUAUGCUUUAGAAGCAGUGAGAAAAGGAACGUGUGCGGUUGGAAUCCGAGGUGAAGAUUGUGUAGUUCUUGGUGUGGAGAAAAAGUCUGUUCUUAAAUUACAAGAUCCUAGAACUGUGCGUAAGAUUGUCACCCUUGAUGACCAUGUAUGCAUGGCCUUUGCUGGUCUUAGUGCGGAUGCAAGAGUUCUUGUUAAUAAAGCUAGAAUAGAAUGUCAAAGUCAUAGACUCACUGUGGAAGAUCCCGUUUCAGUAGAGUAUAUCACGCGAUACAUUGCUGGAAUUCAACAGAAAUACACACAAAGUGGUGGUGUUCGGCCUUUUGGAAUUUCAACACUUAUUAUUGGAUUUGAUGCAAAUGACAAAGUACCAAGACUUUAUCAAACCGACCCAUCGGGUAUAUAUUCUGCAUGGAAGGCGAAUGCAAUUGGUAGAAGUUCAAAAACUGUUCGUGAAUUUUUGGAAAAGAAUUAUAAAGAAGGUUUGACAAAAGAAGAAUCCAUCAAAUUAGCGGUUAAAUCUCUUUUGGAAGUGGUACAAACCGGAGCGAAGAAUAUCGAGAUAGCAGUUAUGACAAGUGAUAGUGUGGUCAAGAAUUUGGAAAUCGAAGAAGUUGAAGCUAUCGUUAGUGAAAUUGAAAAGGAAAAAGAGGCUGAGGCAGAAAAGAAAAAGAAGCCAUCAACUUCUACUGCUCAAUAAAUAAAAAUUCUUUUUAUAAGAUGUAUUUUAAAUUUAUGUGUAUAUUUUGUUUCUCGAAAAAAAAAAACUAAUGGUGUUAAAUAAAUUAAAUUUGACGAACAAAUUAUUU